GGGCGCUACAAUAUUUCCCUGACGAUUACGCCAGCAUGCAAGCAGUUAGCCAAAAUCCAUGCGAGCUAACUUUAUCUGGCAUAUAUGCAGCCGUAGUAUUUAAUGAGGCACUUCAACACAUUUUUAAUGUCCACAACAAUAAGGAGUUAACCGAGUUUACGUGUUGCGACUGACUUACGCCCAGCUCUUAGCGUCGACACGGUCGAAUAGUUUCCCUGUCAGUGCACUUUAAUGUGCUCCUUAACUUAACGGGACGGUGCUGUCAUUAUGCCACUGUUUCUCUCGGUUGACGCUUACAAUUUUACGUGAGGCCAUUACCGGCAGCGAAAUAUGGCAGUCGCUUCGGAUGACGCGUUCUCACUGCUGCGCAGCCUUAAGGCUGCUGGUGAAAGAACUGGUGCAGUUGAAGCCGAAGGCGCGCUGCAUCUGAGACGAACCUCCCGGCGAACCCUCGAUGGCCUCCACGAUAUUCCCGCUCUCCUUCCCCAACCCUCCCUGCCCUUUUCCAAGUUCCCAGCCCCAAGCCACUCAUCCGGCGCGCUGCUCACCACCGCUGCCUCCAAUCCCUCACCAUCCCUUUCAAGCAGCGGCGGCUUCGUUACCGCCGCCGCCAACAACCUAAACAAUGCCACCACAACAACUAACAAUAGCCUAACCCUAACCGCGACCCAUAUCAACCUCGGCUUUUCCACUAGCACCAGUUUCACCCUUCCAAGCGGUGUCAACCUCGCCUCUCUAAGCAGCGCUCCCCUGCCCCUCAUCCCCUCCGCCGGCUCCUCCCCAGCCGCCUCGCCCUCCCGCCUCUCUAUCCGGGCGCCACCUCCGCUGGGAUCCCUCCCCAGCCCUACUUCAACCUCCCCUGGAGCAGCUACCGGAUCCACUACCAGCGGCGGCGGCGGCGCCGCCGCUGGCCUCUUGGGCUCCCCCUCCUCCCCGCCCCUGCACCACCUGCAACUCGCCCCAGGCAUCAGCCGACGCAUCUCCCACUCGCACCCGCACCCUGCCUGUCAUGACCCAGCCAUGCCGCACAGUCACGGCAGCCCGCUACCGCUGCUGUUCGACCCGCCAGUGGCGCUGUCCGCAUCGCCCCCGAGCGCCUCCGCCUCCUGCGUCGCCAUGCACGUCGCACUGCAUGGCGGGAUGUCCCUGUCCGCCAGUGUGCCGCCCGCGGGCAGCCCGCCGCUGCGACACCUCUCCGCGCCAUUCUUCGCGCUGCCCUCCGGAGGCGCCGGCGGCGGCGCUGGCGGUGGUUCCUCCUCGCCUUCCUCACCCUCCUACCUGCCCACCAUCAACGUCAACCUCAGCGGCGGCGGCGGGGACGGCGGCGGCUCCUCCCCGCCCUACGCGGCGACACAGCAGGUCGUGGCAGGGGCAGCCGGCCAUCCCUUCAUGCGGCCGCAGAGCAGCCGGAGCAGUGGCGGAGGCGGAGCCGUCGUCGCAUCCGCCGCCGUCAGCAUUCCCGGCGCCGGUGCUGGCAGCGGCGGCGGCGGCGGCGGUAAGCUCUCGCUGGCGGCGGCUUCCUCUCCCGCUGCAGGGCCCACCACGCCCAGCUGCAUGGGAAGCACAUGCGGGUUGAUGAUCCGCUCUCCGCGGCUGUCCGGUCCCUCCUGCCCCGCAUCUCCCACCAGCAGCGGCGGCGGAGGACACCCUGCUGCCGUACACUUGGGUGCCGUACCCUCACUGGGCCCGCUACCCGCCGCCGCCGCACACCCGUCACACGCCGGGUCAAGCCUCGCCCUCGCCUUAAGCCCGCGGGGCUUGGCGCUUGACCCUUUGACCAGCUGCCCAAGCGUCAGCGGUGGCGGCAGCAGCAGCAGCGGCGGCGGCGCGCCGCCGUUAAGUACCGUACAAGAAAUACGGCAUCAGGCCCAACAGCAGCUACAGCAGCAGCGGCGGCCCUCGUCUGCUAGGACGGGACCAGCGGCGGCGGCGAUGGCGGCGGCGACGUCGGCACCGGGGUCCGAGGGCGGCUUGCCGUCAGCGCCGUCGUACGUACGGCGGGCCAGUACGAGCGGCGCCAUCGCGGAGAUGUCGCCGGCGGCGGAGCUGAGCGCCAUCCAACACGUCCACCACCACCCGCUACACCACAUGGGCUCCGUCCCUCAUCAUCAGCCUAGCUUCGGCCAGAUGUCGGCUGCUGCGCAAGCGCAGCCUUCGUCCGUACAAUCACAGCAGCAGCAGCAGCAAUCACAUGAGCAGCAGCAGCAGCAGCAGCAGGAGCCCCAGAGGAAAACCACGGCCACGCUAGGAAGACCACCCAUAUCGCCAUCUCGCAGACAGUCCGGGGCGGGAGCUGGUGCUGGUGCUGGUGCUUCUACCACUCCGAGUGCGGGUACUGCCGCCGCUCAAGCCCUGGCCGCCGCCGCAGCUGGGGCCUGCCUGACCCAGAUGGGAGCUGCUGCAGCCGCGAUGACAACUAGCAGCCAUGCAAAACAGGCAAACAACGCGUCUUCCGCCUCCUUUGCCGACGUGUCAAGCGAUGUGUCAAGUGGCGCUUCAACCCCCAGCGCAGCUAUCCAUGCAAUCAGCAAUACCUCGGGGGAUCCGACGUGCUCAGAAGAGGGCGAUGCGGCCACCCGCGCAAGCGCUGCUGCUGCCAGCAUCACACCCAUGACCGCGGUGUUGCCGUCAGCUGGCACCACCUCUGCCACCUCCAUGAACGUUGACGCAACUGCUGCUCCCAACGGCACAACCAACCCUCAAGCUGAACCCCAACAACAACAUCAACCACUACCACUCGGACAGCGGCCCAGCCUCCUUCCUUUGCCCAGCUUUGCCGUACAAGCCACCGCACCAAUCGCAGCCCGGCCGCCACUGUCUCCGGCUCCGUCACAGCCCGUGCCAGUGCCCAUGCCGUCUCAGUCUUCCCUGCUACUGUCCCCAGCAGCAGCCCUCAGCCCUCUCCCUCCGCACACUCCACAUGCGCCUCCCAGCCCACCUCUGCAUGCACGGUCCCCGAGACCGGACCCACUGCUCCGCCGCCCCUCCACCGCCAGCGGCUGCGGCGGCGGCGGGGGAUCCCCUGUCGUACAUCCCGCCUCCGCCAAGCACUUGCCGCCACCGCCACUCGGCCACCGAGCGGGUGCGCUGCCGUCGAUGACGGGCUUCGGAGCCCAUGCGGAUUCGUCACCGGGUACGGCAGGUGGGGCUGGAUCGAGACCUGGAUCUGCUCGAGCUUCUGGGACUGGCUGCAGAUCCAGAUCUGGCUCCGGAACCGGUCAAGGCGGAUUCGAUUUUGCAGUACGGUUCGGCGGCGCGCCGUCGUACAGCGGCAGCGGCGAUGCGGCCAACGGUGUACGACACGCAGAUCCGCAAGCGAGCGGCAUUCUGACGGGCGGCCGUCGUCAGACGCGCGACGGCUCGGCGGCGACUCUCGCGACGGAGGAUGCUGACGCGUUAGGUGCGGCGGCGCCGCUCCGGCGGCUGUCGGGCGGCGCGUCGCCGCCGCCAAUGCUCAACACUACCGCCAGCGGCGGUAACGGCGUUGGCGUCAGGGUGCCGUCUCCUUCGGGAGAGAGUCACACCUCUUCAGUCGCUGAGGGGCUCUGGGCGCCUGAUCAAGACAUCAUGCCGCAUCUGGCUAGUCGCAUCGGCAGCGUCGGCGGUCGCCGCUCGCCGUCAGGCUUGCUCCAAACGCCGCUGCCGCCGCCCGCAAGUGCUGUUCCGCCGCCGGCCGCCGGGUCCGCCGUCGUCGCCGCCGGAGCUAGCGGCAGCAGCAGCAACAACAGCAGCGGCGGCGGUGCCGCUAGUGGCAACCUCGCUGGCGGCGGCGCCAGCGCCAGCGGGGCCGCUAUGGAGCUGACGGCGCCGAGGUUUCGCUCCGCCGGGAGCUUCACAGCUGGCGCCGGCGCCUGCUACGGCGGCGGCGCCGCCAACGCACGUCUUCGACCUGCGCCGCCACAGCAGCCGCGUCUACGUUCGGCGAACAGCGGCCGAGCGGGUGGCUUCCUUCAAGCGCUGGCGGCGGCAGCCGGCCUCAAGCCAGACGGCGCCGGCGGUGGCGGCGGCGGCGGCGGCUCCGUCCGAGAUGGCAGCAGCGACGGUGACAGUGGCGGCGGCGGCGGCGGGCGUCCUCGAUCCAUCAGUGACAGCGGCUACGCGAUUGAUGGGGCCGCCGUGGGGUUACACAUGGAGGGCUCUCUGGCGGUGUUGGGGGACAUGUGGUCCCGGGUACGACAGGGGACGAACCACAACAAGAGGUACGCCGUCAGGUCGGCGACGGCGGGCGGCGGCGUUGCUGCUGGUGCUGGCGGCGGCGGCGGCGGCGGUGCCAGUGCCAACGGCGACCUGAGCGGAGCCUCGGAGGAGGAGGGCCUGACACCGAAGGCAGCAGCUGACAAGGCAGCAGCCGCAAGCAAGGCCCAAACCUCCUCCGCCAUGCAACCGUCUCCCGAGCCCACCCUCGCGCCCCGGCCAGCAACCGCCCCUACCAAUACACCCGGCUCUCGAUCACACUCACCGACACCUGCCGCCACGCCCUUCUCCCAAUUCGCGGUUGCGGCCGCCGCCGCUGCCGGCGUGACAGCUCCCGCCGCCACUACCGCAGCUGCCGCAGCCGUGGGGCCCUCUGCCAGCCCCGGCGGCCGCGGCAGGGGCAGCGGCGGCGGCGCUGGGCCGCUGAGCCUGGGAAUGGUUCGAUUGGACGCGAGCGUUACAAGCCUCCCGCUCAAGAUCCUUGCGUCUCCUGGUGGCCCCUGCAGCCCUUCGGCUGCUGCUGCUGCGGCGGCGGCGUCGGCGCUUUCGGCGAAUGGCUCUGGCGGCAGUGCCAGCAGCGGUGGCAGCGGUGGCAUUCGGCUGGGAUGAAGGGGCGUGGGCAUGCAGGAUGUGGCUGCAGGAUGACGCAUCGCAGUGAAACAUUAGACCGCAGCUGGAUGCAAGUGUGUGGCUGGUUGUGUGUGGCAGUUGGCUGUGUGGGUGUGGGUGUAUUGGUUGGGCUGUUGGGGUGGGGCGAUGAACCGUGACUUGUGACUGGCAUGGAGGGGGAACGGAGGCACUUGCAUUGCAGGGGGCCGCAUGUCUACGAAAAACGAUAAAGGCCAUCUGUAAAGCAUGUCCCCUAGGAAAGCGUGCGCUGGCGUGCGUGUUAAGUGUCGCCUCCUCCUCCUGAGAGGCUGAGGGAAAUGAUCUUUAGUCGAAGUCUUGUGUGCAAACUGUCGGAAUGUACUGUGAUUGCCGGUGUCUUGUGUGGAACAUGGAGAUUGGCGGGCUGCGCGGACCUGGGAAGCAUGUACGACCCAUUUGAUGGCAACAGCCCUGUCUGUACACUUUUGUUUGAAUUGAGAGCCGUAUCCCCUGCAUGGGGGUGCCGUGCGGCUGCAUGUGUGGCAGCACGAGCCGCAAUUAGCGGUUGCUCAGCCGUUGGUACGGGGGGCUGUUGAACUGGCAAAAUGCCGGUGAAGGACGAUCGUCAGUUUGUUUAUUAACGAUACAACCGUUGCAUGCUGAACGAUGCGGCUGGCCGUGGCAAGUGUUUCGUCGUAAUGGUUGUUGCAUACAUGGAUGUGGGCGAGGGGCGAGGGCUGCACGUCAACGGCUCUGCUGUUGCUGCUGUCAGAGUUGCGCUGCUGCGGAGGCGGCGGCUCUUAACAGUACUCACAGGGCGUGGAGCUUGAGCGUCGUUACCGACUUGCUGACCUAGUAUAAGUAGUAUGGCAUAUAUAUACCACUAUUACAAUUUACGAGCAGCAGCAUGGACUACGCUGCAUUUGCGCGCGUGGGAAUGCGCCUGUGGUGUGCGACCCCCCCUUUCAUGUGCUGCUAUACGACACCGCUUCGUUCAUUCAACCCCUGGAUUUAAGGGACAAAUGGAGAGGCAUAACUUACCCCUGAAGGCGUGCUUUUAUGGCGGCGCUUUUAUUAAAGCACCUGCGUGCGUGUCAUGUUGUAUCUUUGUGUGUUGUGGUGCCAACCUUUUGAGCAUUCCGGCUGAUGACGUCGGAAAGCUGGCGUCUGAGAUUUGUGGCUAUGUGUGGGUUUCAUGCGUGGACUUAGCUGGCGCACCUGCAUUCGCAGUUGACGUUUCAGCAGCACGGUCUGUUUCGCGCGAUAUGUCGUAUUGGCACAUACGCGUAUUGGCACAUACGCCGGCACAGAAGUGGAAUUACCGUAUCCGAGGCGUCUCAAGCGUGUAAGCGCGAUACCUUGUUACUAAGGUCACCCCGCCCGCCUAGUAAGUAGGGCUGUGCGGUGUGCUUCGCAUUCCGGCCCCUACCUUGCGAACAUGGUCCCAACUCGCCUGCUGAGGGAGCGCAUGCGGCCGCCUUGUACGGUGCGCAGCGGUGCUUGCAGCCGCUCGCUUAAUUGUUCACACGCUGGGUUUAAUAGCAUUCAUGGCACUGCGUACUUCUCGUGUUCGAUGUGUAAAGCGGGGGUUGUCCUUUUGUGUUCUGAUAUGGGGCCUUGGUAUCCAAGGAUGCACAUUGGUUUGUUGGCGCGCAUACCUUUCAUAGCCGUUCGUUUCUGGCGGCCCCCUCAUACUUGCGCAGUAGCAGUGCCCCUUGCCUGAUCCAUCGUACAGUUUGGUUGAUAACGAACUAGGGCUGGCAAUUGGGGCGGCGUUUGCGACAUACAUGCAUUCCAUUCUGUGCUGUGAGUCUGUGGCGUUUGGACUUCAGGUGUGUUUGUCGGUUCGCGCUGUGACGCCACGAACACCGCUUGGCAUUGACUUUGACCGUUACCUACCACCAUCAUCAUACCCUGACACCACCUGCAUGCUGGCAUGUUGGUUUGACGUUUCAUCGUAGUUUGUGCCGGCGCGGUGGCUUCCUGCUGUGGCCUAGCAUGGCUGGCCGAGGUGUGAGUGUGUUGAGCGUGUCACUCAAGCGACCCCCAAUGACCCGUUUCACGUGUAUAUGCGGUAUACCUUUAAACGGACAAGUGCCAUGGUAACGUGAUGCAAGGUGUGCACGCCUUGCCUCGACCUCCAUCUGAUUCCGGUGGUGCAACACACGCCGCUACAUGAGCCCUGAAGGCCCGCUGCGUGACGAACAUGUGCUUGGGAAGCUGCCAUGGUCAUGAAACUGACCGCAAUUACCGUAAAUGAACGACCAUUGCUGUAACAGUAACUAGUUCUUGGUUGGGGC